AUGUCCCCAGACUUAAACCCUAUUGAAGAUCUGUGGGGCAUCUUCAAAUGGAAGGUGGAGGAGCAUAAGUUCUCCAACAUCCACCAGCUUCCAAGGGGCAACCAUGUGCAGACUCCCAAGGUGCAUCCAAAUGAGAAGCAGGCCAUCCAGCAACAGUAUGCAACGUUUCGACCCAACGUCCACUAUUACAAUGCCCCCAUCCUCAAGAAAGGAGUUCUCGGAAACUUUGAACCCAAAGAACCUGAGCCUCUAGGUUUUCCGGGUGGCCUAGGAGAAGGAGCUAAGCCAUUUGUUCUGGGCCCAGAAUACAAAGAAGCCAUCCAUGCAUCCAUCAAAGAGUUUGGCUUCAACAUGGUUGCGAGUGAUAUGAUAUCAUUGGACAGGACCAUUCGAGAUAUACGUCAUGAAGAGUGCAAGUACUGGCAUUAUGAUGAAAGACUCCUGACCUCCAGUGUGGUGAUAGUCUUCCAUAAUGAAGGCUGGUCUACCUUAAUGAGAACCAUCCACAGUGUCAUCAAGAGGACUCCCAGGAAAUACUUAGCUGAAAUUGUCAUGAUAGAUGACUUCAGCAAUAAAGUCCAUUUGAAGGAACGUUUGGAGAUCUACGUCAAGCAGUGGAAUGGUCUGGUGAAACUUUUCAGAAAUGAGAAGAGAGAAGGCCUCAUCCAGGCACGAAGUAUUGGAGCAAAGAAGGCGACAAAGGGACAGGUGCUAAUAUACUUGGAUGCUCACUGUGAGGUUGGGAUCAACUGGUAUGCUCCAUUGGUUGCUCCAAUUUCAGAGGACAGGACGGUGUGUACUGUUCCUUUGAUCGACGCUAUCCAUGGGGAGAUGUUCACCAUUGAGCCCCAGGGUGGAGGAGAUGAAGACGGCUUUGCUAGAGGAGCCUGGGAUUGGAGCAUGCUGUGGAAGAGAGUUCCUCUGAACGACAGGGAAAAGAAAAUGAGAAAAACACGGACAGAGCCAUAUAGGUACUGA